CCUCAUUAGAAAUAAAUGCACCCUCCUUGAUCUCUGUUUCUUACAAUCAGAGCAAUGACAAUGGACACGGUGAUUUCCCUCUUUGUUCUUUCAACAUUAGCGCAGCUUGUGGUACCUGAGGUUCCCUCUGUGACCUCAUUCGGAGCUGUAGUGGAGAUGGUGUCAGGGGACUCAAGGAUCUUCUCUGAGGAGAGUGUCCGGCUGAGAUGCAGUGUUCCUGAUCCCCACAAGUCCAGCUGGAAUUACUUGUGGUUCAGGGGAUCUGAGCAGCUAGCACACUCUGGGGAGCACUUUGUUUUGUGGAAAGCUAAGGUUAAAGACAGUGGGAAAUUUUAUUGUCAGGGAGUGAGGGACACAGUGGUGGGAAACAUAUACACCCUCAAAAGUCUGCCUGUGGAGAUCAAUGUGGAUGGAGGGUGGGCCAUUCUGCAAGUCCCACAUCAUCCUGGCCUUGUGGGACACACCUUAAAGGUGACAUGUCGUGUCCGAGGCAACCCCCCAAUUCAUGAGGUGAUUCUGUACAAAGAUGGCAUUGAAGUAAUGAGACAAACGGGCCUAAAUCCACAUUUCUACCUGAUCAACUUGACUCCGAAGGACCAAGGGAUGUACUCCUGUCGAGCUUCCUGGGACAUAGAAAGACGUACACGUUCUGUAAUUUCAGCUGAUGCACAAGUGCAGGUCUUAGAGGUUCUGUCACAGCCAGUUUUGGAGAUUGUUACCGCCAACAGCCUGAUUCCAGCAGGCAAGAUGAAACUCAUCUGCCACCUCCAAUACAACGCCCCCAAUCCUGCCCCACCAAUUCACUACUAUUUCUACAAGAAUAACAACCGACUGGGAACAGCAACCUCUGAGAACCAUAAUCUGGUCAGACAGAGUCCAGGCCUAUACAGCUGCAAGGCCAAGGUGCCUCAGUUGGGCCUCUCCAGGUGGAGUGAGCUCAAAACGUUUGGACAAGUGACAGGACCACAGAUGCUGAUGCCUCCAAGUUUUCAUCCCAGAGACCAAUGGCCUUUAGCUCCCCCAGUCUCAUCCUCAGACCUCAUCCUGCUUCCUGCACCUGAGCCAGCAGCAGCCCAGCCCUCCCCUCACCGAUCCACUGCAGCUCCACCUUUUAUUCAGCCUUCUGAAAUGAGCACCCAAUUCUCAGAUCCUCCGCUGAAGCAUUCACAGCUAACUCCAAGCACUCUGAUGUAUUCAGUCCAGUUUAUCAACCAAACGGCGACCCCUACCAGAGCUAAACCUGUCACUUUAUCUCAGGAAACUGGUGAAAUGUCUGGUGACAUGCCCGAGGAAUCCGUUGACAUGACUAUGGAGUCUGGUGGCAUGCCUGGGAAAUCUCCAGGCAUUGUCAUAUACUGACAAGUUAUCACGCAUUAUAGACUCUUGGAGAAAUUAACGAUCCUAAAACAGAGUUAUAACGUCUCUAUCUGAUAUUAAUCACACACCGCCAUUGUACUGCCAUUGCACACUUUGUAUAUGAUUCACUGUGCAGUGUUCAUUUUACAGCUUACCAAGUAUCAACUUCAUGAUCUCAUAUGUGGAAAACUAACUAGAUAUGUAGUGUUGAGUGUAAUAACUAAUGCCAUAUUGGUUAAAGCAAAU